GUAGUUCAGCGGAAGUACGGCUUGUAUCCGUAUUUAAAGGCGCCAACAAAGACUAAUUCGGGAGCUGUUUCACAAACCUGCCAUUUUCACGCACAUCAUCCAACAGAACAUUACAGCUUAGUUUAUUUAACGCAUUAAGAUGCCAGAGGAAACAGCAGCUGCUUCAACUGCCGAAAGUAUGGAGGAGAAACCUUGCUCGUCUAGCGCUGCAGACAGCUCCGUCGAUGUUUCUGAGGAAGCAAAGAAGCUGAUUGGCACAGGCAACCGACACUUGGUGAUGGGUGAUGUUGUGUCUGCAGUGAGUGUGUUUCAGGAGGCUUGUGCCAUGCUGCUGAAAAGUAUGGAGACACUGCUGAUGAAUGUGGUGAAGCUUUUUUCUUGUGUGGGAAAGCCCUUCUGGAGCUUGCUAGGAUGGAGAAUACCGUACUCGGUAAUGCUUUAGAGGGAGUCCCAGAAGAAUCCUCUGAAGAAGGCGAGAAACAGAAUGACUCUAAAAUUGAAAGUGCAGACAACUUGGAUGAGAAAACCAGAGAUGAGCUUCGAGCACAGGUUUAUGAUGCCAUGUCAGAGGACAAAACUCAGUCAGAGGUAGAAAAAGAGGUGGGGGAAGGUGAGCAGAAGAACCAAGAAGUUAAGAAGGUUGAAGAGCCAAAAGAAGGGGAUGCAGCAUCACCUAAAACUGAGAAACCAUCUGAACCUGCUCAAGAUGAGGCGAAACAAGCUGAACAUGAGGCGAAAGCUGCUGAAAAUGAGGAACCUGCCGAAGAAGUUGAGAAGUCAAAAAGUGUAAAUGAAAGCACUUCUGAAAAGGAAGAUGUCACUGUGUCAAAUGGAGUUACUGAAAAUGCUGAAAAAGAUGAAAAGGAUGAUGAGAAAAAUGGAAAUGAAGAACCCAUGGAAAAGGAUGGAGGAGAUGACGACGACGAUGAGGAUGAUGAUGAUGACGAUGAUGCAGAAGGUGAAACAAAGGAUAAGGACAGUGAGGAGGAUGAAGUUGGAAACCUGCAGUUAGCCUGGGAGAUGCUUGAGGUUGCAAAGGUGAUUUAUAAAAGAAAAGAGAGCAAAGAAGAUCAGCUAAUGGCGGCACAGAUUUACCUGAAACUUGGAGAAGUUGGAGCUGAAUCAGGUAACUACAGCCAGGCUCUGGAGGACUUCAAUGAGUGCUUAACCUGGCAGCUGAAACACCUUCCCUCUCAUAGUCGUCUUCUGGCUGAGACUCAUUACCAGUUGGGCACAACUUACAGCUACACAGCCCAGUACAGCCAAGCCAUUGAGCACUUCUCCAACUCUAUCAAAGUCAUCGAGAGCCGUCUUGCUAUGCUUCAGGAGGUAAUAGACAAGGCGGAAGGUGCAGAGGCAGCAAAGGAGGAGAAGAGUGAGCUUGAGGAGUUGAAACAGUUACUGCCAGAAAUUGCUGAGAAGAUUGAAGAUGCAAAGGAGAGCCAGAGGACGGCUGCUGCAGCGUCGGAGGCCAUCCAUCAAACUCUUGCAGGAGCAUCCACCUCAUCUGCAUUCCCAGCUGAAAAUGGUGGUCCAUCCUCCUCUACUGCUAGUCAGAUUCCUGUGAGGCCAGCUGAUGGUGCAUCUUCCUCAAAAUCUGCUUCUGACAUUUCUCACCUUGUUCGCAAAAAGAGGAAACCAGACGAGGAGAGUCCAAAAAAGGACAGUGAUGCUAAAAAGACUAAACAGGAGACCUCAGUUAAUGGCAGUGAUGACUCCGCCCACAACGGCAAUGGAGUCCAGGAGAAAAUGGAGCAGGAGUCAGCCAAUUCUUCCUCUGUGGAGACGUCAGCAUAAUGGGCAUCUUCUGAUUGACCACUUACCUUCCAACCAGCAGAGCAUGCCUGCCUCAUACUCCAUGAACAAUUGUCUCGGUUUUGUAAAUAACCUGUUUUCUUUGUCUGUCCAAUUUUUGUAUAAUUGUAGUAAACUUUGAAUAAAGGAUAUUUGCAUAUGUGAA